AUGGCAAGCCCACGGACAAGGCGUGUUAUAAAGGACCUUAGAGUAGUAAAUGAAAAUAACUUUUGUUUCGAAUGUGGUGCCAGCAAUCCUCAAUGGGCCAGUGUAACAUAUGGUAUAUGGUUAUGUUUGGACUGUUCAGGAUUACAUCGUGGCCUUGGAGUACACGUCAGUUUUGUACGUUCUGUAACAAUGGACAAGUGGAAGGAGAGUGAACUUGCAAAGAUGAAGGUUGGAGGUAACAAAAAUGCACGUGAAUUUUUUGAGUCGCAGCCAGAUUACAAACCCAAUUGGACCCUGCAGGAAAAAUAUAAUUCUAGGGCAGCUGCUCUUCUUCGUGAUAAAGUCUUAACAGAAUCGGAAAAUCGGAAAUGGUCUUUGAGUACCUCACCAGCUCGAAAUUAUACCCCAAACUUUCUUGGUAGUGGCAGCACAAGUUUGAGGAGUGGCGGUAAUAGCAGCAGCAGCAGUCUGUCUAAUUUCUAUGGCGGCAGUUCUUUUACACAAAGCACGGCCAGUUCGUUUCAAGGCGAAGGAAGGGAGAAUCGGUAUCAAGGAUUUGGUAACACCGUACCAGUGAGUAACGAUAAUCAAAACGAUAUUUUAACUGGAGCAAUCAGUUCACUUUCUUUAGGGUGGAAUAUGUUAAGUAAAGGUGCUACGACGGCUGCAUCUUAUGCGAAAGAUAUUGGUGCGCAAGCUACUGCAAAAGCUUCUGAACUUGGAGGGACAGUUUCAGAAAAGGUACGGGAAGGCAAUUUAUUGCAUAAUGCCAGUCUAGGAUCGUUGGCUCAUAAAGCUACUGAAAUCGGAUCUCGUUCCUGGAGUGGGCUAUCAAAUUUUGUUAAAAGUCCCUCUUUACAAGGUUUUAACAUUCCAGGAAUGAAAAGCCAGUACGAAGACUUAGAAACACCAGAAAACUCCUUUUCAAAAGACAGUGCAAACUACGGCGAUGGAGUUUAUCAAGGAUAUAAUAGCUCAAGUGAUGUUGGCCUGGAAUUUUCGAAUAGUCGCAGAGAAAGAAAUGACGGUUUCAAACCUGAUAGUGCUGCCUCAAGUGGUCGUACUAUCACUUCGAGUUCAAACCAGCAAACAAAGAAGGGAGGAGAUAAAUCAGCUAUGAAGAAGGAAGCCACUCCUCCCUUAAUUGAUUUCGGCUCAGAUUAUAGCGACCCAGUUGAACGUGCUCCGCUAACAGCAGCUGCUCGCGCCAAGUCGCAGCAAGCGAAAAAUGUGACGAAAAAAAUUAAAACUAAAGAUUGGGAUGACGAUGCUUGGGACAUUCUGAACCAUUGA